UCGGCCGGGCCAGUUUGCCGGUCACAUCACGUGAAUUUGCCAAAAGGCUUUUUCUCUUUUGUGCGGUCAGGAAACCACAAGGGUCGCCUUGCAGUAAUUUUUUCACGGCAAUAUGAGUGGACAGCGAGUAUUGCUUUUAUGGAGUCAAGCACGGCAACAACUGACGCCGCGUUAUGUAUCCUAUACACGCUCUCUUCAGACCAGUAGCUCCACGCUUCGAGACAAGUCUUCUUCGGCGCCCUCUCUGGGAGGACUGGGUAAACCGAUGAUGGGCGGUCGAUCGUCGACGGCCGUGAAGCCGACCAAGACCGAUUGGACCCUGAAAACAUCCGAUGGAGCCAAAUCCAAAGGUCAGACACCACACAAACGAUCGCACCCAAAACGCCCAGAUGGAGGCCAUCGAUCCAGAGAUCAAGCCCAGCAUCAAGGCGGACGUAAGAUGGCACCCAAACGUGAUUGGCAAAUCCCGUCAACCAAGUCUGGUGAAAAGGUGGAAAGUGAAGUAGCCAAGCAAGCCGAACGACAGCUGAAAAAGCUGGCCAAACCUGUUCGCGAAGAAACGGUAUCGCAACGUAAAGAACGAAAGCAAAAGGAGGAAGAACUAGCUGCUAUUCUCAAGGAAGAAGAACGUUUACGUGAACAGAUGGCCAAGCGAAAAGCCAAACAGCGAGCAAAAGAGGAAGCCGAGAAAGCCAAUCAGAUUCGCGACGUCUACAUUCCGGAAAUCGUCAAUGUCGCCAAUCUGUCCCGUAUUCUCGGUGUUCGUUUAGAACAAGUUGUAAGAACCAUGGAAGAAUUGGAAAUGGAAAAUACAUCUCAUGAUCACAUGCUAUCUGCGGAUGAAUCCAGUCUGAUUGCCAUGCAGCUCGAUAUGAAUCCGAUUGUGGAUUCCAAGCAAGCCCUCGACCUUUAUCCAAAACCUCCCGCUGCGGAUCCCUCAGCCUUGCCUGAACGACCACCUGUUGUCACCAUUAUGGGCCAUGUUGAUCAUGGUAAAACCACGCUGUUAGACACGCUUCGUAAAACAUCAGUCGCGGCUGGUGAAGCGGGCGGCAUCACUCAACACAUUGGUGCUUUUUCAGUGCAACUGCCGUCAAAGAAAAAAAUUACAUUUUUGGAUACGCCUGGUCACGCCGCCUUUUCAGCGAUGCGACAGCGAGGGGCCAAUGUCACGGAUAUCGUUGUGCUGGUGGUGGCGGCCGACGAUGGUAUUAUGCCUCAGACUCGUGAAGCUAUUGAACACGCUCACAAAGCCAAUGUGCCUAUUGUGGUGGCCAUCAACAAAUGUGACAAACCCGGCGUCGACACGUCUCGUGUAAAGCAAGAUCUGGCUCAGUACAAUGUUCACUUGGAAGAAAUCGGCGGCGAUGUACCGAGUGUGGAAGUGUCGGGUUUAACCGGCAUGAACCUUGAUCAACUGGAAGAAACCAUUUCCACCUUGUCUGAAGUACUGGAACUACGUGCUGAACGCGAUAUAGGCGCUGAAGGUGUCAUCAUCGAAUCCCAAAUUGAAAAGGGUCGUGGUAAUGUGGCCACCGUGCUUGUGAAGCGAGGUACCUUGAAACCAGGUUCAGUCAUCGUCGCAGGUCGUACUUGGUGUAAAGUCCGUUCCAUGACCGACCAUCAAGGCCGACCGGUCAAAGAAGCUUUACCGGGUAUGCCUGUCAAGGUGAUCGGUUGGAAGGACGUGCCGAAUGCCGGUGAUGAAAUGCUUCAGUCACCAGACGAGAGUACGGCCAAAACAGUGGUGGAUAAUCGUGUCACGCGGUACCAACGUGACCAGCAGUUACGAGAUUUGGAAGUGAUCAACGACAAGCGUCGCCAACAACGUGAACAGUUGGAACAGGAACGAUUAGUGGAAAGAGAGUAUAAAAAGGAGAUGUUCUUCUUCCAUCGGGGAUUGAUCGACACCGUGCCUGAUUCUUUGAAUAAACGAUUAAGCGCCAUUCAACAAUCAAGUGAAACCGAAGGAUCUCCUGGGGAUGAUCGAUUAGAGUUCCGUGCCGUUGUCAAAGGUGAUGUCAGUGGUACAGUGGAAGCCGUAGUCGAUUGCCUGGCUGGAUUACAGAACAAACAGAUCCAUGUCAAAGUGAUACAGAGUGGCGUAGGCAAUAUUACCGAAGGGGAUAUCCAGCUCGCCGCCGCGUCCGAAGGCCAGGUGAUUGGGUUUAAUGUGAAAGCCGAUAAACGCAUUCAAGCCGAAGCGAGCAAACGAGGUGUCAAGGUCCGAUCGUAUUCCGUCAUUUACAAAUUAUUGGAACAAGUAAAAGAGGACCUGAGUGACAUGCUUCCGCCUAUUAUCAGCACCCAAGUGAUUGGUGAAGCCAGCAUUUUGCAAACCUUUGAAAUCAGCGUCAAAGGGCGCGAGACCCGACCGGUGGCGGGUUGUCGUGUAACCAACGGAGUCAUUCAUCGUAAUAGUCGCGUCAGAAUUAUGCGUAAUAAGGAGACAAUUUGGGAAGGCGAAUUGAGCGCAUUACGCCAGGUCAAAAAGGAUUUGACCGAAGCCAAAAAGGGCCUUGAAUGUGGCAUAUCCUUUGAAGGAUACAACGAUUUCCAACCAGGCGAUACCAUUCAAAGUAUUCAAACCAUAGAAACUAAGCAACAUCUGUAGAAUCAUCUUCAUGUUCCAUUGUGCAUCCAAGAAAAAAAAAAGGAGGGCAUUCCACCGUGCAAAAGUACUGGAAAAAAAAAAGAAACGAACGAUAAUUGCCUUCCAGUAGGAAAACUCCCCCCCCCCUUUCUGUUCCAUUCUCCUGUCAUCGUGUCCUUUUAGCCUCCUUUCUCUUCCCCCCCCCCGUCUUUUUUUUUUCUCGGGUAAAAACAAGGCUAUUCAUAGAACUUUUUUUCAUCUCCCCCCAAUUGUAUAAAAAAAGAUAGAGUCGGAGAUUCAAGUUCUGUAACACUGGUUGUCAAGUGCCACGGUGCCGUAUACAGCGAUUGGCUGACAAAGGUCGGUAUUCGUUUAGCCGGCCCUCAAUGGAUAUAAAUACACUGAGGAUUGUUUGCAACGGCUCAAGAUCUAAAG